UUAGACGUGAUUGGCUCUCCGGCCAAGUCCCGCCUACCUGCACGCAGCUGGAGCAGCAAUUAAACUUCAAAGGCAAGGAGGCCAUUUUAAAACUGCUCUUUAAGACCAAAAACAAACAUUCCGUUCGUUUUUCUUCUUAACGUAAUAUUUCGUAGCAUCCAAAGUGAAAUAAUCGCUUUGUAUGUGAGUCCCCUUUCUGUUUGUUUUAAGUGCUACCAGUUACCAAGGAGUUCAGUUUUUCAUUUGUUCUUUCCAGUCUUGAAAUUUAGUUUGGAUCAAAAACAAACUUUCCUUAGCAGUCCAGUGCCGUCCCCUUGGCCAUCUCUGUGUGGAGUUUGCAUGUUCUCCCCGUGACUCCAAAUAUUCCAUAGCAAGGGCCAACAGGUGGCGCCAAAGCUACUUGUAGCCACCACUGCACAACACUUCACUACGUUUCUGGGGCAUUUAAUUCCCACAAUGUGUUCGAUUCCCGGACUCCCGACACCAGGCUCAGAAGUAACUGUUGACAUCAAGCGAGUCAACCCCAACCCCAAAUGUGGACUCGUGGAACUGUGGGUCAGCAUAGACGUGGGCAGGAAGCAUGCCUACGAGCAAAUGAAGGAGCUGAUCCAAAUCCCGAAAAGAAUGUUUAGUGGAUCUGAAGGAAAACCGGGUGAUCUGUGUCUGGUUUGCAUCGCCGACAAGUGGCACAGGGCUCGCAUUGUGUCCGUCCAAGAGGAGGCUCGCCAUGUCUUCCUUAUUGACCAAGGACGGCCCCACAUCACCAAGUGGGAUGCGCUAGCAUGGGGACAGAGCGACAGUUUCUUCCUCCCUCCUGAGAUCGAAUCCUGUGUCCUCGCCACCAUUAUCGCUCUUGAGGAAAGCUGGCCCGAGAAAGCCGCUAAGUUUUUGACGUCUCUUCCUGGAAAGACAAUGAGUGCGGUGGUUCGUCAUGUCUUGAUGCCGGACCGGACCGUUCUCUUAGACAUACCUUUAAUCUCCAAGCAAAUGUGCGCCUUUCGGGCUACUAGGAAGCUUCCUGUAGAUGAGUGUAGAGAAAUUGUGCUGGACUAUCUGCAUCCACCCAAAGCACAUGCACCCGUCACCUGUGACAUAACGCAGGAGAGUCUCAAUACGGGUUUCCUUGAUAAGACCGAACUGUACUUCUACCCAGAACUGCACAGUGGAAUACUUGAAACAGUUCAUGUGACUGAAGUACUCAAUACCCAUAAUGUAUUUUGCAGACUACAGAUUUUUACUAAAUCAUUGAAUAUGCUCUACAAAGAGAUCCAACAGUACUAUGAGGAGUUCUUGGAUCCUGGAGAGGAACGCCCAAAGACCUCAGGAGAACCGUGCGCCACCAGAGGGGACAACGGCAGAUGGCAUCGCUCGUUACUACAGCAAAACAUCCUAAAUGGUGACGAGCUUGUGCAAGUCAUGCGGGUAGAUGAAGGGAAAAUUGAGUUUGUCCCCGUGGGAUGCAUUAGACCCCUGCUGAGAAAAUUCCUGAGAAUGCCGGUGGUCACGUAUGGCUUUUCCCUAAACGGAGUAGAGGAUGGUGGCACCAUGGAUCAGAUUGAAUAUUUGAAGUCCUUACUGCUGAAUAAAACCUUUGCGGCAUGGCUUGAAAAGCAUCCCACACACGAAGGCGCCUAUAACGUCACGCUCUACAGCUCAAAUGCUACGUGCAUGAACACGUGUUUUUUGGAGAAAGCGCAGACUGAAACCUCGAUUGAACCCUCGUCAGCUCUCAGUGCAGAAGGUGUUGAUUUUCAGAAUCUUGUCAACUUAAAUGUUGAAAACAUGGAAAAGCAAACUUUGGCCAUUACAGAGAAUGGACAGGUUGACGACCGAGAGGACGCCGUGGUGACUUCUAGUCCCAAUGACCAAGAUGACCCUGAACACCCCCAACCGGUAUUAGCCACAAAUGGGCAUUUUUGGACUUCUAAGGUGAAAAGUUUUCAUUAUGAAGAUGAGUUUGUUGUGGGAAGCACCAUCAAGGUAAAUGUAUCCUGCAUUGAAGGUCCACACAAGUUCUGGUGUCAAAAAACUGAAAACGAAGAAACGCUGAGACUGCUGAUGGAAAGUCUCCAAGACCAGUACCGCUCCGUCCGACCCCUGUCCCUCGACGAGUCAGCCUGCGUCGCCCGAAACCCAGACAACGGCAUGUGGUACAGAGCGAGAAUUGUCACGGGUCACCACACCCCCGAAGUUGAGGUGCAGUUUUUCGACUACGGUACGACACAGACGGUGCCCCUGAGAGACGUACACCCCAUUGACCCGGCUUUCUUGCAGCUUGAUAUGCUCGCCUUUCAGUGUCGCUUACACCGCCCCAAGACUCCAACCAACUCCGCCUGGACCGAUGCUGCGUCAACUGAGUUUCAGAAGUUUGUGGAAUUGGGCAAAUCUGAACUCAAAUGCAUCGUGAAAGCCAGAGCUUCUGAUGGAGAUGGCCAACUGGUUCAUGUGGUUGAUCUCCAAACGUCCUCCGACAGUGCUUGUAAACUGCUUACCCAGAAAUGUGUUCAAGCCCUCCCUGUGGUUUCCGCGGAUACGUAUCGUUAUUCCACGUACGAUAUGGACGUAGGCCGAAAAGAGAAGGUUUGGAUAACCUCAUCGCAGACGGUGCAUCACUUCUUCUGCCAGCUGAGCAGAAAUUCUCAUUUGUUCGACAAAGUGACUGCAGAUGUUCAGCAGGUCAUUGGUAAGUCUCGGUGCAGAGAUGGCCUCAUCAGACUUAACGAUCUUUGCCUUGCUAGGUACACGGGUAACGAGUGGUAUAGAGCCCAAGUGGUGCAAAUGUCUCCAAAUCCUGAGGUUCUCUUUGUGGACUACGGCAGCACCCUCACAGUGAACAAGUCCGAUAUUCUGCCCCUGCCUGCCAGUGCAAGCGUCGCAAGGUCUGUCCCGGUACUUGCGGUUCCUCUUGGACUUUUUGGCGUUCCAGCGGAUGGACCGGAGGAGGUCAACCAAUGGUUUGCAGAUCACGCCGUUGGCACAGCAUUGACCAUUUCUGUGGUGUCAACAGGAGAUGGAGGGAAGCUAAUUGUGGAACUAUUUGAUGGGGCGGUGAAUGUAAACGCCAUUGUUAGAGAGAAGAUAGAAAAGGCAAAACGACAAACGGUGACUGAGCAAGUGCAGGAUUGUCAGGCCUCAAAAGAGGAGUCCACCGUACAGGAUGAGGACCUUAGAACUGAAGAACUCGUGUGUAUAUCAAACCUACGGGAGACGCUUGAGCAGAGAAGCAAUGGAACACAAGACAACGUAGCCCUGGCGACCGUAUUGGAGUGUGAUCCUCAAAAGACACUUGAAGAUUCAAAUGUCAUUCUUAACAACAACAAGGAAAUGCUCCCAACUAACCAACCAAACGAUGCAAUGACUCAACAUUGCCCUCCCGAGUGGCCUGAAGGACCCGAGAAGAGGUUUGCUUACAAGACGCCGAAUGUUACUCCUUCCAGGUCAGAGGAGGCGUACAUCUCCUGCCUUGUUGGGCCUAGCUACUUUUGGUGUCAGUUCGCAAACACUGAAGACUUGAAAGCAGUGUCAACACUGGCUCAGACAGUCGGAGAGUCCCUCCAAGACAUAACGGCCCCCAAGAGUUUGAACCCCGGUAGUCCAUGUCUUGCCCUCUUCUCCGGUGACUCUCAGUGGUAUCGAGCUCAAGUUGUUCGGAAUACCGACAACAUGGUCUGUGUUCUGUUUGUGGACUUUGGAAACGAGUCUGAGAUAGACGUUCAAGAUGUGAGAGCCAUCCCCCGGUCUCUGAUGGAAUAUGCUCCUCAGGCUUUCUUGUGCACUUUGGACGGAUUUGACGAGUCCAAAGGAUCAUGGGAAGAUGAAGUUUACGAUGACCUCUACAAUCUUGUCGUCGAUAAACCCGUCAGAGUGACCGUUUUGGUUGCUAAAGAGCAUUCAGAGAUGGCACUUCCUCAGCAUUCAGUUCAGCUUGAUUGCGGAAAUACAAAUGUGAACGAGGCCAUGCAGAAAUAUUGGAAAGCAGAGAUUUCCACCGAGUUUGAGACUGGAACGAUUCAAGAGGCCACGGAGCCCAACGCCAUCGUAAUCAAGGAAAAUCCAAAAGCAUUCCCAUACAGACAACCAAAUAUUCCCUUAAACAAAGCAGAAGUGGUUUAUGCGUCGUGCAUCGUGGAACCUCACUUCUUCUGGUGCCAGUUUGCCAACACAACAGACCUUUGCACGGUGGUGACUCUUGCACAGGAAGGAGGACAAGCAGACCUGGACCCCUCGUCCUUUGAAACCUUUAGAACGGGCACUCCCUGCCUUGCACUCUUUCCCGCAGAUAACCAAUGGUAUCGAGCGCAGAUCCUGAGCAAGGAAGGAAACGGAGCCCACGUUGUGUUUAUUGACUACGGGAAUGAAGCGGACAUUGACGCCCAGAAUGUGAGACCCCUGCCUCCGAGUCUGCAGGAGUACACCCCCCAGGCCUUUUUGUGCACCUUGGACGGAUUUGAUGACUGCCAGGGCUCCUGGGAGGAUGAUGUUUACGAUGACUUCUACAAUCUAGUCGUUGAUAAGCCCCUCACAGUGACGGUGUCUCAAGCCAAAAACCAACCGGCGAUGUCUCUUCCUCAUCAUGUGGUGACAGUUGAGUGUGAAGGAUUGUCUGUAAAUGCAGCAAUGCAGAAAUACUGGAAAGCAACCACUGGAGAACAGGGAUCUCCCCUUCAUGGGCAAACGCAAGCUAGUAUGCUGAACAUUACCAUGUACAAGAAGCCAAACAUCUCCAGUAAGAAGUCUGAGAUGGUUUACGCCUCUUCUCUUGUGGACCCUCAUUUUUUCUGGUGUCAGUUCAGCAACACAAAGGACCUCAAGAACCUGACCAGACUUGCCCAGGAAGCAGGAAAAGCCGAACUGGAUGAGAACUUCCUGGAGACUCUGGUUCCCGGCAGUCCUUGUCUGGUUUUGUACUCCGUGGACCACCAUUGGUAUCGAGCUCAAGUUGUCAGCAGAGCGGAUGACAGUGUUUACGUGGUGUUCAUCGACCACGGGAACUACUCGGGCGUCGACGUCAAAAACGUCAGGCCGCUCCCUCUGGGUCUCCUGGAGGUCGCUCCUCAGGCCUUCUUGUGCUCGCUGAGCGGAUUCGAGGCGUCCAAAUGCUCCUGGGACAAAGACGCCUGUGACGAAUUCGUCAGACUUCUGACUGACAAAGCGCUCAAAGUGACCGUGUUUGAUGCGGAAGACAAUCCAGAGACUGCUCUUCCUCAAUAUGAAGUACAAAUAGAGUGUGAGGGGGUAAGUGUGAAUGCAGUGAUGGGGAAAUACCGCCAUGAAAAAGCUCAGCUUCAGCUUAGUUGCUCCGAUGGACUCCCGGUAUCCCUUACUAACUAGAACACUUGGUUGUAGAACAUCUCACCCAAACGGCAAAUGGAGCAUUACUAUCUUUCCUAUCUUUGGCUCUGCAUAUGUUCUUGGGUCUUGUCAUUGCUGGGUUUCACGUGACGUCACAUUCAGUCCUUGCCCUGCCCCAAAUGGAUGGGGGGGGGGGCUUCAAUCGCUUCAAUCUCCAAAAUAUAGCACAAACAUACUCUGUUGAAACUGAAACCGCUUUUAAUGAGAACAUUAAAAGUAUUGAACAAAGCAAAAUUUGUUCUCAAUCAGAAAUCACUCCACACUCUUUAUUGCUCUCUGGUUCUACCAUAUCUUACUUAUUGUGUGGAAAUAUGGGAUCAUAACUAUAAAAGCAAUCUCCACUGGCUAAAUGUACUGCAAAAAAGGCCAGUAAGGAUAAUUCAUAAUGCCGCCUACAGAGAACAUACUAUCUCCUUAUUUGUAAAAUGACAAAUACUUCAACUUGCUGAUAUAGUUCAUCUUCAAACAGCUAAAAUAAUGCAUAAGGCUAAAAAUAAGCAAUGAGCUAAAAAUGUCAUCCAAUACUUCUCUACAAGAGAGGAGAAAUAUGAUCUCAGGGAAGAAGUACAUUUGAAACACUUCUAUGCUAGGACUACGUUAUGCUAGCCAUAGCAUUUCAGUAUGUGGAAUCAAACUAUGGAAUGGAUUGAGUAAGGAAAUCAAACAAUGCACAACGAUGAGCCAAUUCAAGAAACAAUACAAGCAGUUGAUGUUUGCUAAAUCCAAGGAUGAAGAGUCUUGAACCAGUCAUGAUGUGCUAUAUAUAUCACUAUAUUGAAAAAAUAUAUAUAAAAAAAUAUAUAUAUAUAGAUUUUUUUACAAUUUAACAAACUUUUCAGUUUUACAAUACAAAGUCAACAAGACGCAAGAAAAUGUUGAUUGGGGAAUCUUGCCAAAGAAAGUCGGUGUUGAAGCCUACGAGAGCUACAAGAUGGAUGACCUUGAAGUUUCUUUGCCUCUGCUCUUGAGGCAAAGAAAGCCAAGCAAUAUUCAGGCUUGCAAGCAAAGAGCCCUUCAGCCAACACGCUCUGAGGGCAUCCAUCUUGUUUCUGAUGUCUUGUAGGUCGUGACUGGGAAACGUAAAACUACCGUUAUUGGCGUCCAUACCCGAACACAUCAUCGGAUUUUUCUCCAAAUCCACACUUUGGCUGGAGGUUUUGAAAAACUUUUGUUUUAGUACCAAAUAUCUUGGGCUAAAUAGUGGAAAAAUCACAUUGUUUGAUGAGAUACCCGCCUAUGUGUGGACAGGGCCUCUGUUUGUGAGUAUUUCUGUCUAAGAUGGCUACUAUUAUGUCUACUUUAUUGGGUAAUACUACGUAGUGUGAAGGACUCAUUUCAUGUCGACAGCGCUAAUAAUGGUAUAACCCAUAUUUAGAAGGUGUUAAGUAGGUUUUCUAUGCUUUCAACUAUGAAAAUGACUCUAAAGAGUAUAAACUAAAUAUGUUCC